AUGAGUAACGAAGGUGAAUCUUCACAAACAUCAAAGUUUGAAGAUGAAGAGGAAAAAAUUCAAAUUGAUCCUAAACCUACUAAACCACACAAUGGCAAGAAAAUAGACCAAUUCUUGUUAUCACCAAAUAGCAAGUACGCAGUGACAUUAAGCAAUGAUGAUCGUUCAAUGUGCGGUUGGCAACUUGACAAAGAUCAACCUGUAGAACAAAUAGAAGACGAACUUAUUGAUCUUAAAGAAAUGUAUCCCGAAUCGAAAUACCUAACUUUACAUGCAGUUUCAGAUAAUAAAUCUGUUGUGAUAGAAGCAUCCUGGAAAAUAACUGUUUUUAAUCUUACUGCCAAGAAAAAAGUAGACCUAGAAUUAAGUCGAGAAGUCUUUGAUAAAAUUCUUGAUUGUAAAUUUUAUGAUAGUGAAGAUUUCAUACUUAAUAGAUAUAUUAAACGUGAAGAUUCUAAUCUUAUUCUUAAAUUUUCAUUUAAAAAUUCACAUAAGCAAAGCUGGAUAAUUAAUAAUUCAAUUUUCUGUGGCAAACGUAAAGAUGUAAUUGAUGAAAUAUUUUGUGAAUUAGAAUUUAUUUCAUCUGAUGAAGCGGAAAGGUUACUCUUAUUUUAUAACGACAAAUUUGAUGCAAGAGAUCCUUACAAUGUUCAGCAUGAUUUCAACGAUAAACCGACUUCAAACCUGUAUACAGAACUUUUGAGUAAAAAAGCUUUGACAAAAUUAGAUAUUUCGAACGCACAAAUUAAAGAAUUGAUAAACGAAAAAAUAUAUUGUUUAUCAGAUAAAUGUUUAUGGAUUCAAGAGGUUUCUAAAGAACGAUGGAUCAAAUAUCUACAAGAAAACUUACAAGAUACUGAUAAAAUAAGAAUUCUACCUAGCAAAUCUCAAAUAAAAGAAAUUCUGCAAAGACUUAAAAAUAAAAAUGAAGAUAAUGAAUCUAUUAGUAUGAUGGAGGAGACAAAAUUGUAUGAAGGGUCAACAGUAAAAUGGGAAGUAAAUGGCAAGGAAAAAAUAAUACGAGCUCAAAAAUUUAGUUUGAAUACUUGA